CCACUUUCAGAUCAACAACGCAUGUGUGUGUAACUUUAACUGCCAGGGGAAAAUUGGGUCAGAGAGAGGGAGAGGAGCAUGUGUUAGAGGAGGAGAGGCACACAGGGAUAGAGAGAGAGAGAGAGAGAGAGGGGGAGAGAGGGAGACGGACAGAGAAAUGGAGAGAAAAUCCUCAGCGAGCCCUUGAACUACAGUAACAAGUGGUCACUUGAGUAAUCACUGGUGAUUCAGAGAGAAAUAAACCUUCCCAAAAAUGGCGAGUCUUCCAAAAGAGCCGCCCGAGGAUGCCAAGAAACAGAGCUUCUGGAUGCCGGGGAAUUAUGUGCGCACGGUGCACCGGACCGAUCAGUCCUUCCAGGCCUGCAACGACAUCGUGGCUUGCUUCAUGGAGAGGGCAAAGGUGGAGAAACAGUACGCCCAGCAGCUCAGCCAGUGGAGCAGCAAGUGGAAGUCCAUAGUGGAUUCUAGGCCGCUUUACGGCUCCCUCAUGCGGGCGUGGCAGUGUUUCUUCACCUCCACGGAGCGCCUGUCCGACCUCCACUCCACCAUCUCCCAGUCACUCGUCGCAGAGGAAGGGGACCGGGUGAAGACCUGGCAGAAGGAGACCUUUCCCAAGAAAAUCUUCUGCGGGUUCAGAGAGAGCUAUGACAACAACACGAGUUUCUCCCAUGCGCAGAAACCCUGGUCCAAAAAGCUGAUGAAGCUGGAGAAGGCUCGAGUUGCUUAUCACAAGUCCUGUCAGAGGGAGCAAGCGGCGCUGGAUAAAGAGAAGCAAGCGAACGAAAACACUGAGAUGAGUCCAGAAAAGAAGCAGAAAUUCACAGAUGCCAAAGGGAAGGCCACGGAGGAGAAAGAGAAGCACAGAGAGCACUAUGAGAAAACCCUCGAGGAUGUGACGUCCUACACGCCUCGCUACAUGGAGGAGAUGGAGGCCAUUUUUGAGAAGUCGCAGGAGGAGGAGAGGAAGAGGAUCAGUUUCCUGAAGCAGGCCUUCCUCUCCAUCCACAGACAUCUUGACGUCACCAACAAUGAGAGUGUGAAGGCAGUGUACAGUGAGCUCCACCACACUCUGAUGUCCAUCAGUGAUCAAGAUGAUCUCAAAUGGUGGAAGAACAACCAUGGUCCUGGCAUGCCCACCGACUGGCCAAAGAUUGAGGAAUGGGUCCCGCCAGUGAAAAAGCUAAACAGAAAGAAGAGAGACCAGAAAAGAAAAGGGAGCCAACCUGUGAUGAUCGGGGGUGUGAAGGUGCGAGCUCUGUACGACUAUGUGGGAGAGGAGGGUGAUGAGCUGUCCUUUAAAGCAGGUGAAGUUUUCAAGAAGGUGGAGGAGGAGGACGACCAGGGUUGGUGUCGAGGAGUCCUGAGCGGAGGAAAGGAGGGCUUCUACCCAGCUAACUAUGUUGAAGUUGUCGAAGCCGUCUGAUAUACCGUGUCCUAGACGUGUUUCUCACGAGGACUUAGAAGUCAGAUCUUUUUGAAAAUAACAAUUAUUACUAUAUGUUGUCACACUGAUCUUGAGUUAAUGUCAGAUACAAUCUGUUCCCAGCCAUUUGUGAAAUGUAAAAAUUGUUAAGGCCUUAAUAUUCUAACCCACGUGGUUUGAGUGCUUCUGCAGUAUGAAUUAACUUAUCAAAGACUAGAAUGUACUGUUUGUGCAGGAGCUAUAUGUGUGUAUGUGUGAGUGUGUACGUGCGAUGCACCCAUGUGUGCACGUUAAGAUGAAACAAAAGAGAACAGGAGAAGAUAUUUAUUUACUGCCAUCAUGUCUGAGUCAUUAGGUCGCUUUAAUAAAGAAAGAUAACAGUGACCCAAGCACAGGUUUACAAGGAUGUGUGCACACAAGGUUAAUGUUUACUUAAUAAGUAUCAUGUAGAAGCACGCAGAAGUUACUUUGACUGAAGGAAUGGAUUUUCAAAAUAAAAGUGAGAUUGUUUCGCCUCUUA